UUUUAAGACGCAUUCUAUUCACUAUCUGCCAGUUAAUUUUGAGAGAUUGAAAGUGACAAACGUCGCGGUGAAAUGUCUUCUAAUACUUGGGAAUCCAAUGAAGAGUUGCAAUACUUUCGCGAAUAUCUACGGAUACCAAGUGUACAUCCGAAUCCAAAUUAUGAGCCUUGUUUGGAGUUUCUUCGCAAACAAGCCAAGUUGUUGGAUUUGCCUAUAGUUGUGCAUUAUCCCAUCGAUGAGAAGGCACCGGUUGCUAUUCUAACCUGGCAGGGUCUAGAGCCGGAACUUCCCUCUGUUUUGCUCAACUCUCACAUGGAUGUGGUGGCAGUUUAUCCAGAAAAUUGGACUCAUCCACCCUUUGCCGCCGACAUUGAUGAGAAGGGUCGCAUCUUUGGCCGUGGCUCUCAAGAUAUGAAGUGUGUGGGAAUGCAAUAUUUGGCAGCCAUAAGAGCCCUAAAGCGCAAUGGAGGCCGAUUGAAGCGCACAAUUCAUAUAUCAUUUGUUGCAGAUGAAGAAACUGGUGGACAACUGGGAAUGGCUCCCUUUGUGGACUCUGAUGAUUUUCGAAAAUUGAAUAUAGGUUUUAGCCUAGAUGAGGGCAUGGCUUCGCCUACAGCCGUGAUGCCAGUCUAUUAUGCAGAGCGCACAGGACGAUGUGUAACCUUUAAGAUAAGCGGUCAAGCUGGCCAUGGUUCACUUUUACUAUCAAAUACUGCCGGUGAGAAGAUGAAUUACAUUCUGGGCAAGAUGAUGGACUUUCGGCGUAGUCAGGUUGAACGAUUGAAACAGAAUCCACAGCUCACUGUAGGUGAUGUGACCACAAUUAAUCUCAAUGCCAUAAAUGGAGGAGUUCAAAGUAAUGUUGUUCCUCCCAUGAUGAGUCUUUUUUUCGAUUGCCGUGUAGCACUCGAUGUUAAUUUGGAGCAAUUCGAGGCUGAUCUUCUCAGAUGGGCUGAAGAGGCUGGCGGUGGGGUUGAAGUAGAAUUCAUGCGCUGGCUCAGAAGGCCACAUACCGCACCAACAGUGACGAAUGAAACGAAUCCCUUUUGGGUGGCCUUUAAGAAAUCCAUUGAUGAACUGGGUCUUGCUAUCAAAUUGCAAGUGUUCAAUGGCGGAACGGACAGUCGUUACAUCAGACGGAUGGGCAUACCUGCCUUGGGCUUCUCGCCCAUGAAUCACACACCAGUUUUGCUCCACGAUCACGAUGAAUGGCUUCAUGUUGAUACCUAUUUGAAGGGCAUAGAAAUCUAUCAGAAAAUCAUAACCAAUGUGGCUAAUAUAUAGACAAUUGGACAUAUCUUUUCAGCCUAAACAUAUGUAUACCCUAAAUUCAUAAAUUCAAUGCUAUAACUAGAUAAAACCAUUCUUUUUAACUUCUACUUUCUUGUUGGCCUUAU